CUCCCAGUGUUUCUGAACUGCCUGCGGUUACCCGUGAAGCUAUAUUAAUAAAUAAACGUCCCUUGGUUCCCUUUCGCAUACCUUCCUUGCUCCGGUUACUAUAUCGAUUCGACUUCUGAGAGAUCCCCCCUUCCAACCGUCUAGAUAUUAUUGAAAAAGACUGGACCCCUUGUUCACAAGUUUGUCCAAGGAAAUCAAGGGCAGCCAAUCGUGUUGCAGAUUAGCCUGCAUUCGACGCAUCGAUAUCCGCAUUUGAGUUAUAGAGGUGCUGCCCUCCUCCCGGACGGUUUGUCCAGGACUUUGAUUUUGUCCACUCACCUCCAGCCUUUCUUUAUGUGCGGCGUAUAGAUCAGUCGCAAAUCGUCACGAUGGCCCCCUCAUUUUGGGAAAGGACGAAGGGGACCUCCAAAAAGGGGUUUGAUAAAGCAUGGCAUACUCUCGACAAACUGGGGGACCCUGUGAACCGCUUGUCCAAUCGGGUCGGGGCCGAGGCCUUCUGGCCGAUGACCCUGGACAGAGAAAGCGACAAAGCGGCUCGCAUCUUACGAAGCUUUUGCAAGGAUGGCUUUUACGCCGACGAAGAGACCGAGAAACCAAAGACAGAUAGUGUAAAAAGUGACAAGAUCGAUCGCCCGAAGGGCAAGCAACGGGUUCUGAAAAAGAUCCCUUCUGAGGUCAUCCAGCGCGCCAAAGGGCUUGCCAUCUUCACCACUAUGCGUACGGGCCUCUGGCUCAGCGGUUCUGGUGGAAGUGGUGUCCUUCUCGCUAGGAUUCCGGAGACCGGCGAGUGGAGUCCUCCCUCCGGUAUCAUGCUUCACACAGCGGGCAUCGGUUUCUUGGCAGGUGUGGACAUCUAUGACUGCGUGGUCGUGAUCAAUACUUUCGAGGCACUAGAAGCGUUCAAAAAGGUUCGUUGUACACUGGGUGGAGAGGUUAGCGCUUCCGCAGGCCCAGUUGGUAUGGGCGGCGUGCUCGAAUCGGAGGUCCACAAACGACAGGCUCCUAUUUGGACCUAUAUGAAAAGUCGGGGUCUUUAUGCCGGUGUGCAAGUAGAUGGGACAAUUAUUAUCGAGCGCACUGACGAGAACGAACGCUUCUAUGGCGAGCGCAUAUCGGUGACUGAUAUCUUAGCUGGCAAAGCGAAACGUCCGCCGGCAUCCAUUAAGACUCUUAUCCAAACGAUCAAGGCAGCCCAAGGUGACAAAGAUGUCGAUGAAAGUCUAGUCCCAUCAGCGGGAGAGCCAACGCCCGGGGAUGUAGACCUACAACCGGCCUCUGGUAGUACUUCCCCUCACCAUUUUGGGAUUCCUGCCGCAGAUGACCCCGAUCCUUUUGGCGUGAAGGCCUUGGAGGCUGAGGGCCUCUUCAUUCGCGAAGCAGGAACGAAGACCCGUCCACAUGUGGACAGUUUCGAAUUCCGACCUAGUCCGUCAAGUCCUAUCUAUGCGACUUUCCGACGCAGCGUUGAUAGUUCACCUCGUAAUAGCUGGCGGGCUAGUGUACAGAGUUACGCCAGCAAUGACAGAGGCACCCAGACAGAUGAGCCACCGACGGCUCCGACUUCCAUCAGCCGGGCCUCCUCCCGAAGCAAUCGAGACUGGGCAGAGCGAAAUCCGUGGGAUCAUGACGAACGGGGUUGGGAAACUGUUAUCCCUGAGAAUCCCGCAGACCACCCUCAAAAAGUCAACCACAGUAAUAAUGAGGACCUAGUGGACGAUGACGACGUUGAAGUUCAUGAGGUCAGCAGCGCCACCGUCACAAAAUGCGACAGCUAUCCUAGUUCACCAGUCUCCCUAGAGGAUUUAACCCCAUCGACGAACCCCAAGCGCCAGUCACCCACCUUUACCCGAGCACGAUUAGUGACAAUCCCCAAGAGGCCUCCUCCUGCACUGCCGCCACGGAACCCUUAUCGGGGUUCCGGUUCGAUGUCGACUCCGGCCUCGCCCACUGCUGCUCCUCCGUCUCCGAGCAAGCGGUCUGUGGCAUCAAGCUCGGGAAAGGGCGCGAUGGACGGCUUUGCUGAGUUGCCGCUGGACCUGAAAAAUGACACGUCUAGCAUCUCGUCCGCCGAGCCUUCCCCAUCACCCCAUAAGAGCACUUUCUACAGGGAUGAACUUCACUCCAUCUCGACUGUCGACACAUCGGAUUAUGCAUCAGAUGGAGGCUUCAGCGCUAAAGAUGCUUCGGUCACCGAUACUAGCCCAUCCAAGACCGAUAACAUCGAACACACUUUGGAGGACAUAACCGACAACACCCUUUCCAAGCUUCAACACACCCACACAUCUGACGUUGCGAUGGCAACUGGAGCCGAACUGGAGCCAUCGAAGACUAUCACUGAAAAUAGCCACCAGCCUGCAAUGCACUCACUCACCUGAACGCUUUUUCUCUCCUCGUCGUCCUCCGACGACCUGCUGUAUAUAUUACGUGCUGGCAUAUCUCCUUUGGAUUGUUGUCCAAUUGUAAAUGACAGCGUUACAAGCAUCCUACUACAUAUUUUCGGUACGAAGCUCGAGA